UGGCAGUUCAAAUCAAAUCUAAUUACGAAAUGGGCCGAGGUAAUUGAGGCCCAUCCAACAAAGACCAAUGAGCCCAGCCAGCCCACGAAAUCUAUCGGCUCUCAUUCUCUUAUCCGCCACUGUCAUUCAGCUGGGAGUUCGCCGCCCAACGCAGAAAUGGCGCUCUCCAACACACUGUCGCUGAAACUUCCCCUGAAUCCACAUCUUCAUCCAUCUCCCUCCAAUCUCCAUCCCCCCUCCCUUCCUCUCCGAUUCAAAUCCCUAACCAUCCAUAUCUCUACCUCCUUCAGCUCCCGGCUUCUGAAACUGCGAACUGUAACGAGAGCAGUCGAAGAGAGCCAGGAGGAGCAAACGGAAUCGGAGCAAUUGAAUGACUCCAGGGCGGCGGCGACGCCGAGCAAGAAAGAGGAGCAGAGCGAUUUGGGAGAAGAGAUCAGGCAGGCGAUGAUGGAGAGGAAGAAAGCGGAAGGCAGCGCCGGGGAUCUGUGGAGCGGAGUGGUGGAGGAGAUUCGAGAGAUAGAGUGGCCGUCCUUCGGUAAAGUUUUGGGAACCACCGGCGUGGUGCUGGGCGUCAUUGCUGGCUCCAGCGUCGCUUUGCUCACCGUCAAUGCCUUGCUGGCCGAGCUCUCCGAUAAGGUGUUCGCCGGUAGAGGCGUUCAGGAUUUCUUCAGUUAAGAAGAGGAAACCACGAUUGUUAUUCUGUACCUUUUCCCACAGCCACAGGAGUGUCGAUUGUAUUAUUACUUUUCUGCUUGAUCAAGUUAUCAUACGAACCCUGUAAUUCGGAAUCCUGUUUAUAUUCAUUCAGUCUGAGGCCGUUGAGCUCUACCGAAAAAUGGCGAUAGCUCGCAUUUCCUUUCCUUGCUCCAUAUCCUUCCUGUAUCGGAAUCGAACUUGCAGUGUCUCACUAGUCACUAGUAAUAAACGCAGACGGGCUUUAGAAAUUCCCUCAGACAAUACCUCAAACAAAUUUGGAUCGUGAAA